UGUCUACUAUCCCGGAAGUGAUCCCGAGCUACCGGCUCCCAGGUUGCUCUGCGUUUCCGGCACCUCACCUCCCUGUCUCACCCCGUGUCCACAGCCACCGCAGGGACGGAUUAGAUAUGGCCGCCUCCAAGCCCGUGGAGCCGCAAGGCGGGCCCGGGAUUCCCCACUGGAAGCUGGCCCUGGCCGUGGGGGCCCCACUGCUCCUGGGAGCCGGAGCCCUGUAUCUGUGGAGCAGGCACAAGUCUACGAAGAGGGACAACCAGAGGAGAACGCCGGAGGGGCGGGCCAGCCCGGUGCCCAGCGGGGGUAGCAAAAACCCGGACUCUAACCCGCCGCAGGAGAUGGGCCCGUUGGAGAAAGCGCAAGCUGCAAAGAACAAAGGUAACAAGUAUUUUAAAGCUUCGAAAUUUGAACAAGCCAUCCAGUGUUACACUGAGGCCAUCAGCCUCUGUCCUCCAGAAAAGAAGGUGGAUUUGUCUACUUUCUACCAGAACAGAGCUGCAGCUUAUGAACAGCUGCAAACGUGGAAAGAAGUGGUCCAGGACUGCACAAAAGCAGUGGAACUAAAUCCCAGAUAUGUGAAAGCACUUUUCCGACGAGCAAAGGCACAUGAAAGGCUUGACAACAAAAAAGAAUGCUUGGAAGAUGUCACUGCAGUUUGCAUAUUGGAAGGAUUCCAGAACCAGACCAGCAUGCUGCUAGCAGAUAAAGUGCUCAAGCAACUUGGUAAAGAAAAAGCCAAAGACAAAUACAAGAACAGGGAGCCGUUGAUGCCUUCACCUCAGUUCAUCAAAUCCUAUUUCAGCUCCUUCACGGAUGAUGUCAUCUCCCAGCCGCUGCACAAAGAGGAGAAGUCUGACGAGGAUAAGGAUAAAGAAGGAGAGGCAGCUGUGGUAAAGGAGAAAUCUGGCUAUUUAAAGGCAAAACAAUAUAUGGAAGAGGAGAACUACGAUAAAAUAAUCAGUGAAUGCACAAAGGAAGUAGAAGCUAAAGGCAAAUACAUGGCUGAAGCUUUACUGCUUAGAGCCACAUUCUACCUUCUCAUCGGCAACUCCACAGCUGCUAAGCCCGACUUGGAUCAGGUUGUUAGUAUAGAGGAGGCCAAUGUUAAGUUACGUGCAAAUGCCCUCAUCAAGCGAGGGAGUAUGUAUAUGCAGCAACAACAACCCAUUCUGUCCACUCAUGACUUCAACAUGGCUGCAGACAUAGACCCUCAGAAUGCCGAUGUUUACCACCACAGGGGACAGCUAAAAAUCCUUCUAGACCAAGUGGAGGAAGCCGUUGCUGACUUUGAUGAAUGUAUUAGGUUACGACCAGACUCUGCUCUCGCUCAAGCACAGAAAUGCUUUGCAUUAUAUCGGAAAGCAUAUACAGGUAGCAAUCCUCUACAGAUCAAAUCAGCCAUGAAAGGGUUUGAAGAUGUCAUUAAGAAAUUUCCGAAAUGUGCAGAAGGCUACGCCCUUUACGCUCAGGCUUUAACAGAUCAACAGCAGUUUGGAAAAGCAGAUGAGAUGUACGAUCAGUGCAUAGAUCUAGAACCAGAUAAUGCUACAACAUACGUUCAUAAAGGUUUACUUCAACUGCAGUGGAAGCAAGAUCUGGAUAAAGGCUUAGAUCUCAUCAGCAAGGCCAUUGAAAUAGAUAACAAAUGUGACUUUGCCUACGAGACAAUGGGGACAAUAGAAGUUCAGAGGGGGAAUUUGGACAAAGCCAUUGAUAUGUUCAAUAAAGCCAUUAAUCUGGCUAAAUCUGAAAUGGAAAUGGCGCAUCUCUACUCACUAUGUGACGCCGCUUACGCUCAGACAGAAGUCGCCAGGAAGUAUGGCUUGAAGCCACCAACACUGUAAACGGACUCCCAGCUGACGAGCAAAUGUGAUAACUGAGAAGUUUUGUCCUUAUACGACAAGUUUAUUUCUCAAGGAGAGUAGUGCAUCCAAAAAAGGGGGAAUGGCGGACCCUGUUUUUCUGCUUUUGGUGUUGUCAAUCAUCCCUUCUCUUAGAUGUUUUUGGUAUUGUGGGCGUGAGUGUCGGGGUUUAUUUGCCACAUUUCCCUUUGUGAUGUCAAAGGGCAAAUAGAGGCUCCGCUGCAUGAGAACAGAAGGACAUAGUUUGCCAUGCAAAUAAAACUGCUGAUUUGUUUAUUUCUGUUUUUGUCAAGGAAUGGGCGGUUAUUUUGUGAGUAGUUUUCUUUUUUUUUUUUUUUUUCCUUUUUUAAAUAUUUCUGAUAUUUUUUACAUUUCGUUUUGUUUUUCCUGUUGAUUGCGUUACUAUGCUUUCUAUUCUCUUGUACAUAAUGGAUCACAAAUAGUUGAUUUAUUCCUUUUUUAGUAGUGAUAAAGCAACUUAUUUUUUUAAGUUACCAGCUUUGAAAAUAAACAGACACUCAGCAUGUACAACUUUAACAUCCCCUUCUGAUUUAUGAGAGAUCUUAUUUCUAGGUUUUAAUUAACAGCUUUUUUUUUUUGUGUGGGAAAUACCGCUACAGUGCCCCCAACAACCUAACAGUGCGAAUUGUGCUGGGUUACUCUACCUGAGCUGACAUGAUUUUUUGAGUGUCUUUAAGGCAAUUUACAAAACUAUCUUUAUAUUCUUGGCCAUAAAUGUUUUGUUUUUUUUUUAUCUAUCAUAUGCAGAACCUGGAACAGUUGCAGUGAUUGCAAGUUUUUUUUGCAGGUCCGUUCCGAAAUUCCUCCUAGUGUUGCAAGGGCGCUGUCCAGCAUGUUAGGAAACACUUACAAUGUGCCUGUUACUAAUUAAACAUAAGGUUUCAAGAGAAUAUUUCUUCCUCACACCUAUAUGUAAAUGCAUAUUCUCAGUGACAAUAUUGAGUUAUACUGUUCCCUUUAAUUCUCACAACCUUUUAUUCAGAUGUUUAUAAUUCUUUUUCUGUGAAAUUUCAAUAGUUAUACUCUAAAUAAAACCAUAAUGCUCAUUCUCUUACAGCCACCUGUUGGUUGUUUUGUUUAUUUUUUCUUUUUGGGGACUUUAAUGUGAUUUGGGUAAAAUUACAUAAAAUGUCCUUUUUUUUUUUCCACUCCUUUUAUUAUUUUCCUUUUUAAUGAUGAAACUUUUUUGCAAAUCGUUGUUUUUUGUCUUUUGGUGGAAAUAAAGCGUAUAUUAAAGCUGUUUUUAACAUAUCUGCUGGAGUAUUUUAUCUGCAGAUCUCUGGAACAUAUUAGAAAAGGUAGCCCUUAAGUGUAAAAUGAUGCCUGCAAAUGCUAAUUUUUCCAGAAAAAAAUGUAUAAUUUGCAAACCCACUUAAAAAAUUGAGGAUAUAAAAAAAAAUAAUCUCUCCUUUAUUUUCCUUAUCCUAUAUAUUAAAAGGCUAACGCUGCUCCUCCCCUCUAUGGGGGAAAUUCAAGUGUUUUGCGUGCCGGCAACCACUAGAUGGCGCCCAACGGAACAGUUCUAGUGUUGCUCCGUACGGGUGCGCACAGCCGCCUUCAGUGACAUUAGUUAUGAUCUGUAAUUUUGACGGGCUGGUAACUAGUGUUAUGUAAUGGCAUCAUUAUCUUGUAUAUGACAUUAGCCUGGGAUCUUUGAGCUUAUAGUAGAGAUAAUUACAUUUAUACAGUAUGUUGCAACUGAUGUUUUUGGGCAUCCCUUAUAUCACCAACUUAAAUUGGUGGUUGGGCUGAUAAACAUUACUAAAGUAGCAAUUGCACGUCAGAAACGGCAGCUGUAAAUGACAAUAUGUGACUGGACACCUCAUGUUUAUCUUACCAAUGGCCCGUGUAGCACGUUUUCAUUGGACAGGUGUAAACUUGGCUGCUAUCUUCAGAUAGCUAAUGGAAAUCAGAAACAAUCCUUGUGGCAGCAUAUAAACCUUGUUGACCGUGCUCUAGGUCUGCUUUCUCCAUAGCCAAAAUAUCCAGGCUGCUCCAAAUGCUACAACAUUUUCUGUUUCUUUUAGAUUCAAUGUCCAUUAUAAUUAACCAAUUAUAUCUGGCUGUAAAUAUUAUUCAAAUUUUAAAUUUAAUUUUAAAUUGUUAAGCUGGUAGAAAGCCACGGAAGCUGAGCUGUGUGUCUAAUCUACCCAGACCCUGCUCAGAUUUCAGAUCUGCUGCAGUACGCCAGCCCUGAUGAGCUUCACUACAAGUCUUCCAGCUGACUCCUAGUUCUGGAGCUUCAGCCAUCUCUAGUAUAUGCAGAAAUGGGCUUGCAGUUAUAUUCUUGACUUACGAGAGUGAUCAGUGGCACAUACCAUCUAUCGUUUUCUUACACUGAGGUUGUUUCCUGUCUUUUACCAUCCUUUGUUGCACGUUUGUACUUUCUCUGUAUCUCGUUAUUACUUUACUUUUGCUGAGGCGGUCUUAAUAGAAAAGAUGGUCAAAAAUGCACCUUUGAUUUAUAUUGAAGCUACGCUCUCUUUUAAAACAGUUCUAGGAGACACUACAAUGUUUCACAAUGGUACUCAUGUCAUUGCACUCUUUCAUUGAUCACUAAACUUAAAAUAUGAUUGACUUUCACAGAUAUACAGUUAAAUGUUUUGGGAGCUAGAGAGAAAUGAAGGUACUCCAUUUAAAAUACAUUUGUUUAGUUCUGGUGCUGGAUUGGGGACCCCCCAAAAAUGAUAGAAUUAUGAUACCCCAAUAAAUGUGCAAAGCCUAAAUAGAGUGCUCUAACUUCAGGGUGAUUCUAAUAAACAAUGUAUAAAAAUAGGACACCCGGAUAAUAGAGUGAUUAUUAUGUUUUACAUACCCCCAUUUUACAUCUUUUGGUAGUCUGGAGGUGCCAGUAAGAAACACUACUUAAUUUCCAGCCUAUAAAGUUGUGAUCUAGAAGUGAGGCCAUUGUUGUCCUUUGAGCAGAUUUCCUUCCAAUAAUCCAACUGCACUAUUGUACAGCUUCCAACAUUUAGCCACCAACUGUAGCUAUAUGCAUGGCUGAUAAUAAAGAACAGUUGCUUGGAAUUAUUUGCACAGAAUGUCUGGUAUGUGCAGUUAUACUUGCUACUAUAGUCCUUUCCGGUUCCAAGCAAAAAAAAUGUUUUUUGUUUUUUUAUAUACCCCUGUGAUGUUACCUGUUCCAUUGUUUAUAAACUUCUGGGAAUCUUUUCCCUAAUACAAAGGUGCUAUCUGUGCAGUAGACAGUUGAAUCCGUGACCAAUAUAAAAUAGAAAAAGGGUAAACUGUAGUGCAAAUAAUGGGUCUGCCCAAUUAAAACCCUUCAAUACCUGCCCAAACUAGUAAUAAAUGAAUACAAAUGCAAAGAAGUAAGGGAAUGAUCAAAGGUGCCACCAGAAAAAACAAACCAUCAACAACAAUACAGCUCUCUCAAGAUAGGUAAGGAGCAAUAAAAAUAUUACUAAUUCAUCAUGUUUGUGCGGUUUCCUUGAAUCAAUCGUUGUCCAAAAGUUCACAGGAUGAUAAUAAAAAGAAAAAAAUAAUACACAGUGUAAUAUUGCUUUAAAUGAAUAAUGCUUCAUAAAAUUUACAGAAAGAGAGCUCUGGCGUGAUGUUCUCUUUGAUAGAUGAAAGAAUAGGAUGUCUCCACCAUUCCAAAUAUAUAUAUCUGAGCGUACCAAAGACUCGCAUAACAGGGGAUUAGGAAAUACACAUAAAGGUAUCUUUAACGAGAAUCAGGCACAAAUCACGGCUGAAAUAAAUGCUUUUCAAACGUACCCCACUCGUGUUAGCGUAAUUGAUUCCACAUAUAAAGGUAUCUUUAAACUAAACUCCGAUGUUGCUGACUGGUAUAAAAGUUUUUUUAAUUUCUUCAGAGUAUAUAAAAACCAAUAACAAAAAAAUAUAAAAUGACCAGUUUCCUUUAUAAAUGGAGACAAGUUUUUUUUUUUUUUUUUUUUUAACAGUGUAUAGUACAGAUUGAUAUAUUAGUAAUUUGUUGAAUAGUAGAUUGCAGUGGUACAAACGGGUGGUGUGAUUGGGCUUAGCGUUAUGUUAGACUGUCACGUGCAGUGGUGGCAGCUGGUUUGUGGGCCUGAAAAUCCACUAGGAACUAGUAAAUUACACUAUAUUCCUUGGUGAUGUCACUGGUUCCAUUAUUCUCCUGAACGCUGGUUCAGAUCGCACAAUGGCUGGCUGCACUGUGAAAACUGAUGCUUUCUAUGGGUUUUUAGACCCUCCAAUUCCCUAUUUCUAAAUGCUAAAAGCUAUCUCUGUAGAAAAGUAAUUACCUCUUCUAGAUAAAAAGGGCUUUUGACAAAUGUUCUCAGUUAUUUUUAAGAACACUCUAGCUCAGGGUUAGAAGGUUGCACCGAGCUUGUAUAUGAACUUUGUAGUGUGUUUUAUUUGCAUGGCUUAUAUCACUUAUGUUAGUGCUAUUCAGUUCUCAGAAUUAUAAACCGGACACAGCAUGAGCUGAAUUGUGCUGCAUUCCAGGUCAGAUUGUUUGACUGCUAUGUGAAAGUGCACUAAUGCUGUCUACAUUUGUUAUUUUGUAAAUGAUCCCAUAUGACAAAAAUCCAUACUAAAUAAAUAUUACAAUAAAA